UGUGUCUCUCUGUGUCUCUGUGUGUCUGUGUGUGUGUCUCUCUGUGUCUCCGCCAGGCCUGCGCAUGCACGGCGAGGCGGUGUGCCAGCUGCCGUGCGUGGCGCUGGUGCGCGUGUAGCUCAGUGUGUGUGUGUCUCUGUGUGUAUGUCUCUGUGUGUGUGUGUGUCUGUGUGUGUGUGUAACUGUGUGUGUAACUGUGUGUGUGUCUGUGUGUGUCUCCACCAGGCCUGCGCAUGCACGGCGAGGCGGUGUGCCAGCUGCCGUGCGUGGCGCUGGUGCGCGUCCCCACGCCGUGGGUGCAGUCGGACAGCGACGUGACGGUGCUGCGCCACCUGGAGCGCCUCGGCUGCCGCCUCGCCAACCGCCCCGGCGCAAUCCUCAACUGCAUCAACAAGUUCUGGACGUUCCAGGAGCUCGCGGGACACGGGGUGCCUCUUCCCGACACAUUCUCCUAUGGAGGCCACGAUGAGUUUGGGAAGAUGAUUGAGGAGGCUGAUCCCCUGGGCUACCCCCUGGUGCUGAAGAACACACGUGGACAUCGAGGCAAGGCGGUGCUGCUGGCCCGGGACAAGCAGCACCUCCUGGAGCUGUCCCACCUGGUGCGUCACGACGCGCCCUUCCUCUUCCAGAAGUACGUCCGCGAGAGUCACGGCAAGGACGUGAGGGUCAUCGUGGUGGGCGGCCGCGUCGUCGGCAGCAUGCUGCGCUGUGCUACCGACGGGAGGAUGCAGAGCAACUGUUCGCUAGGGGGUAUAGGAGUGAUGUGCGCCCUGUCGGAGGAGGGCCGCAGCCUCGCCGUGCAGGUGUCCAACAUCCUGGGCAUGGACGUGUGCGGCAUCGACCUGCUGGUGCGCGCCGAUGGCUCCUACUGCGUGUGCGAGGCCAACGCCAACGUGGGCUUCAUCGCCUUCGACCGCGCCUGCGGCCUCGACGUGGCGGGCCUCAUCGCCGACUACGCCCUGUCGCUCGCUCCGCUCGGCGGCGGCGACGGUGACGGUGACGGUGACGCGGCCGCCGCGGUCGCCGCCGGCGGUGGCAAAGCCGAGGCCGCCGGCGUCGGCGUCGGGGGUUCGUCGGUCGAGUCGCGCUGCUCCUCCACCUCCUCGUCCUCGUCCUCCUCCUCGUCCUCGUCCUCGUCAUCAUCAUCGGACUCUUCCUCGGCCGCGACGGCCACCCUCACCGGAGCCGCCAACGGCGUGAAGGCCUCGGCCCUCGGCGGCAGCAAUAACUCGUCGAGCGACGAGCAGGAUCUGGUGGCGCUGGUCGGCAAGUUGGGGACCGCCGAUGGCUACGGCGGCGUUACCGGCGGCGGCGUUACCGGCGUUACCGGCGUUACCGGCGGCGUUACCGGCGGAAUCAAUGGAAGUGGAAUUACCUCAUUCGGCGGCGUCGGCGUCGGCGUCACCGGCACCGGAGUGAACGGAGCGGCGGGCGUGCUGCUCCCUCCCUCCGUCAUCGCCGUCAAGCUACAGUCGCCGAUCGGCGUCGGCGGCGGCACCGACGGCACCGACGGCACCACCGGGGCGGCGGCGGCGGCGGCGGCGGCGUCGGCCGUGAACUUCAACAUCAACGAGCUGCUGAUCGCCAGCGACGUCAAGAGGCUCACCAAGGCGUGAGCUGACGCCGUGUGGGGGUGGGGGGAGGGGGGGGGGGAGCGUUGGGGCGUUGGGGCGGGGGGGGGGGGGGGUUACUUUCAUUCCCUCCUUUUCGAGUCAUUCCCCGAGUCGUCUUUCAUUCCCCCGUGUCUCUGUCGUUCCCCCCGUGUGUCUCAUUCCCCCGUGUGUCUCAUUCCCCCGU